AUGAGCCGGCCAGCUUACUUCAAAGCUAUCGGUAUCGGUUUGGCCAUCGCCUCUGGGUGCUUCAUUGGUGUCUCGUUUGUCAUGAAGAAGGUUGGUCUGCUCAAGGCGAACGAGAAAUACAACGAGGUCGCUGGUGAGGGCUAUGGCUACCUUAAGAAUUUCCACUGGUGGGCGGGCAUGACCCUCAUGAUCUUUGGCGAGGUCUGCAACUUUGGCGCCAUGAUUUUCACCGACGCCAUCCUCGUCACCGCUCUCGGAGCGCUGUCCGUGGUUAUCACCACGAUCCUCUCAGCCAUCUUUCUGAAGGAACGAUUGAGUCUCAUUGGCAAGGUUGCAUGUUUCUUGUGCAUAUUGGGAGCCACCAUCAUUGUCCUCAACUCUCCGGCAGAGUCGGCUGUGGCCAAUAUCCAGGAAAUGCAGAGCUUCGUGAUAGCUCCAGCGUUUUUGGCUUAUGCCGGCUGCAUCAUUCUUGGCAUCGCCUUCGCAAUCUUCUGGUUGGGUCCGCGAUACGGAAACAAGAACAUGUUUACCUACAUCUCAAUCUGCAGCUGGGCUGGCGCACUCAGUGUUGUUGCCACUCAGGGCCUUGGCGCUGCUAUUGCUGCUCAGGCUGGCGGCACGCCACAGUUCAACCAAUGGUUCCUCUACGUUCUUCUCGUCUUCAUGAUAGGAACACUGCUGGUCGAGAUUGUAUUUCUGAACAAAGCUCUGAAUAUCUACAAUGCCGCUAUGGUAACACCAACCUACUACGUCUACUUUACAAGCACAACCAUCAUCACCUCGGCAAUCCUUUUCAAGGGGUUCAAGGGUACAGCAAUGCAAAUAGUCACAGUGGUAAUGGGCUUCCUCACCAUUUCCUCUGGUGUGGUACUGUUGCAGCUGUCCAAGUCUGCCAAGGAUGUGCCCGACACGGCGGUCUUUGCUGGUGACCUUGACCAGAUUCAGACGAUUGCGGAGCAGGAACAACCAGAGACUGAGCCUAAGGCCGAUGCCAUUCGCGGUGCGGCCGCUAUUGUCCGACGCUUCUCAACCACACGCCAGAAGAUGGAAGAGGAAGAAUUCAGACGGCUUCACGAAGAGAAGCAGAUGGAACGCCUCGCCCCUGUCAGCGAAGAUGGCCAGCCAGAAUUUCACUGGGACGGGUUGCGGCGGCGGCGUACCACCAUUGGCAGUCAACACAGUCGGCGAAUCGCCACUCCUCGCUCCGUUGAAACUCCUGCGCAUCCGCCUCUUGGCAGGACGCACUGGCCGACUGAGGAGGAGCUCGAGGAAGAGCGUGCUCGCCAGAUGUCGCCAGCCCUGACGAGCAUAGUUGGCACUAUACGCAGUCGCGCCCGAAGUGUAUUGUUGCCAGGCCAUCCCGACUUUAACCACCAGGACGACAACUACCCACCACUACCACCUCUGCCCAAUCAGCAGAGUCCUAUGCACCCUGUCCAGUUGACAGACAUAAGUUACGGUGGAGCCGCCGGUGUGGAGUCGGAUGGUGGCCGGCGUAUACAAUUUGGUGACCCGCAUCGCCCGACUACAGGCACCAGUUCCCUAGCACCACCGACACCACCGCCUCAUGGGGGCAACUACACGGCCAGGCGGCAGUUCUCGUUCCAGAAUGUGUUCCGUCGUCAUCAAGCCGAUGGCGCGCCCGAUCAGCACGAGGAACCAGAAGUACAUACGCUGCAGCCUGCGCGCCGGGCACUGCGCUCUCGUGGCUACUCUGAUCGACAGAUGCCACCGAUUAAGGACGCGACUGAGGAAGAAAGACUUGGGCUCGUUAAGGGCGACUCCGCGUCCAUGCCAGCACUGCCUCUCUAUUCCGAUGAGAUGGAGCAGGCAGGCUAUAGGUAUGAGGACAACAAGCAGCCGUACGAAACUCACGGCCGACUGAUUACGAGCCCCCCACGGCGACCGAGUGACGAAUCAGAGUUGGAGACUAUGGACUACGAGGAGAGUCGCAAGAGAUGGAGGGAGCGCUCGGAGAGCCGUGGUCCUUCACCAGGAGCCUCGCCUCCACGUGGCGGGCCACCGAAGAGUUCUGGUGCUUCGCGGGGCAAUGGCGGAUCUUUCAUCUGA